AUACCGCCCGCUACGCCACGCUCCUCGUGCCAUAUGGCAUCCGUGGACCACAAUCAAAUUUGAUCCGUUAUCAACCCAGGGUACCCCAGAUUUUAGCCAAGCUGUCACUUUCCUACCCUAAAUCGCCAUGUACGUCUCUAUACAAACCUUUGAAACAUGGCCCACGCCCAACUAUAUCAAUCCAGAAACGCGAGGAAACAGCGUAAUAUUCAUCCACAGUAUCCUAUACACUCUCGUCGUUGUCGUUGUCGGACUUCGCAUCUUCACGAGGACAAGGAUUUCAAAAUGUUUCGGUGCCGAUGACACUUUUAUUCUCAUUGCCAUGCUACCAACAACAGCCUUCGUAGCCGUGAUGCUCACAGCCCAGCUCAAAUACGACUGGAACCGCCACGCCUGGGACGUUAUCCCCGCGGUGGUAACUGUCGGAGGAAAGCUCGUCCUCAUAACCCAGAUCCUUUUCUCCGUGGCAAGCGCCUGUACCCGACUUUCCAUGCUCUUUUUCACACGGCGAAUUCUCGUAGCUGGCUACGACAAAUUGCAGAAGAUUCUUAUAUUCACGAUGGUGGUUAUGGGUGUAGAUUGCUUGAUCUUUGUUACGAUUGCGGUUUUCCAGUGCAGACCGAUAUCAGCAUACUGGACUCUAUCAUUCGUACCACAACAUUGCAUCAAUGAGAACAUCCACAUCACGAUCCACGGAUCUCUCAAUAUACUCUUCGAUUUUUGCGCCGUGCUCAUCCCAAUCCCCAUAGUUCUGAGCCUGAACCUUCCUCUCAGGCAACGCAUCAUAGUUGCUCUGCUCUUCGGCAUUGGAUUUGUUGUCUGCUUGGCAGGCAUCGUGAGAACGUACUACAUGUAUAAAGCUACAGCAGGUUAUCGCGAUGUUACGUGGGAUGCAUAUCCUGCCUGGCUUGGAACUGCUGUGGAGCUAUACCUCGGGAUCUUCUGCGCUUCGGCACCACCGACGAAACCUUUCUUCGCUCGCUACAUCCCAAAACUGCUCUUCGCGACUCGAAGCCAGAACUUUACAUUCACCACAAGUCAGAACACUUUCACCCCAAUUUGCAGUCUUUCACAGGGCGAUCAGGAAGGGAGUGUGGGGCUGGAGUUCGACCAUCUUUCUAGGAAAGAGAGUGAGAUUCAUAAGACCGUUGAGAUUGAGGUUUCGCAGUCUAGGCUUGAUACUUCGAGGACACCAGACACUUUUUCUACUGGCAGUAUUGAUAAGCCGAUAUGUUGAAGGUGAGCUGCUCAAGGUUAGAGGAUCUCAUUUGAAUCAGGGAAGGGAGGGGUAUCGGAGAAGUUCAGAUUCACCUUUGAUCAACCAUCGUCAUCAAGUUUGCUACAGAAGUCA